UAUCGAUAACGAUGGCGAAGCAGGCAUAACUUUAAGUAUCCGCCCAUAUCCGUGGGGUAAAUCUAUCAGCGACUCCACCAAUCCCGCCUCUCUCCGUUUUCUAACCAACCAACCUUUUCCCGCGUUUUACCGAAAACAGAAAUUGGUCACGAUCUUAUUAUCCUUGCAAAUCCUUGCAAGCCUUUAGAUGCAGAAGCUUACCUAAUUUUUUACCUAUCCGUUCUUCUGUUCUCGGCUACGGGAUCCACUCUGGGAGGUCAGCCAUAAUUCCGAUAUUUUGUGGCUCUUUUAGCGACAACGAAACCUUCCAAAUAUUCAACUUUCCGUCGACGGAAACCUUCUCCCAAAUGCGUCGCGUACCUGUCAGAGAUCUUCGGACGACCUUUCAAUGUACCGUCCGAGGCCUCACUCGUACUAGUCGCCCGCGACGUACCCUUUUCCCCCACCAUCCCAACGCUAGUCUUGGUGUUCGAUCCGCUGCUUCGUCCUCAGCUACAUCUACUUCUUCGUCCUAUACACGCCCCAAUUAUGCGGUAAGCGAGCCCUUACGAUCUUCCAUGUAUAUCCGCCGCUUCUCUUUCGCUUUGGUCUCUAGCCUAGUUGGCUACGGCGCUUGGUAUACAUACAAGGGAGGAAAUACCCUAGAACAGGUUGGUGCUAAAUCAUAUGCGACGGCACCAACGCAGUUCACGAAUAACGCUGCCCCAACUCGGAAUGUCCUCGUAGUUGGUGCCGAUGAACUGCAUACCGGUACCUUCGUCGGUGAAGGCCCGAUAGCCAAGAACGCUGACGGUAGCGGAAGAAACGUUCUAGAGAUGCUUACUCCGGACCAAGCUACCGAGAAGUUACGCCAGAAUGAAGCAUCGUUUCUAGUAAAUCGAGGCCAAGGUGUCCUGCGAUAUGACGUCGCGCAGCUUCCUAGUAAUAACCCGAUAGAGGACGAUCACGCAGAGAAGAUUGUGGAAGUGAAUACGCGGCAAAGCGAAAGCACUGAUUCGCCUACCGAAGAUUGGAUGUUUUGGGGUGUUUUUGACGGUCAUGCUGGCUGGACAACUUCGGCAAAAUUACGACAAACUUUGAUCAAUUUUGUGGCACGGGAAUUGAAUACUACGUACAAGGCAGCCGAAACUCUAGGGGCCGUACCGUCACCAGAGGCAAUUGACACCGCCAUCAAACUUGGAUUUACACGUUUGGAUCAUGAAAUUGUGCAUGAGAGUGUAGAAAAGGUGUUGAAAUCCAACUCGAAGCGAGUGGCUGCCGAACUCCUUGGUCCUGCGUUAUCCGGAUCUUGCGCUCUCCUAUCCUUCUACGAUAGCAGCUCCAAGACUCUACGAGUUGCAUGUACAGGCGACUCAAGGGCUGUUUUAGGUCGUCGUAGUUCCUCCGGAAAGUGGACUGCAACCGCCCUAUCCGAAGAUCAGACCGGAAGUAACCCUAACGAGGUAGCGCGCAUACGCAAGGCUCAUCCAGGAGAGGACCGUGUUGUCUAUAAUGGACGAGUUCUUGGUGGUCUAGAGCCGACUCGAGCGUUCGGUGAUGCCAGUUAUAAGUGGAGUAAGGAGGUCUCUGAUCGCCUGCGAGAAUCAUUCUUUGGCCGGAGAUACUCGCCGCAUCUCAAGACUCCUCCCUAUGUCACAGCCGAGCCUGUGGUGAGCACAACGAAGAUUCAGCCUGAAAAGGGUGAUUUCCUGGUUUUGGCUACCGAUGGCCUCUGGGAAAUGCUCACUAACGACGAGGUGGUUGGGCUUGUCGGUAAAUGGAUCGAGACGCAAGCGGCAGAGCAAUCAUCAAAGUCACAGUUGGGUUCCGUGUGGACUAAACUCUUUGGCCCUGGUCGGGAUCUUCCCGUAGAAGCUGGCAAGGAGGCAGGGGCUGAUGGUCAGAAGACCCCUAUUCGAUUGCAACAAUGGGGCAUCUCGCCUAAUGAGAAGGAACGUUUCGUCGUAAAAGAUAAGAACGUCGCCACGCAUCUAAUCCGCAAUGCUCUUGGUGGCAGGAAUGAAGAGCAGGUGUGCGCAUUACUUACACUAGUCUCACCAUUUUCGAGACGGUAUAGGGAUGAUUUAACAGUGCAGGUAAUCUUCUUCGGCAAUGGCCCCAAGACGGGCGCUGUGCUUGUUAACGAAGAUGCAACGAGCGUUUCGCAAUUAGGGAUCAAAGCGAAGCUUUGAAUUUAUUGGGAUGGAGUUUUAUUAUGUACACCAUCUGAAUCGAAGUAAAAUACUCCAGGUACAAGUACAGUUUUGGCUUCACGCAUUAGAGGUGCGCGACAGGUCCUUUCCAUGGUAUGGCGUUUAAUGGAUUGCAGAGCAUGCCGAUAGCUUAUUUUCAUCGACUCAAGGACAUGACGGGAAGUAAGUGGUGUGCCAUUCUUAUUAGGUAUUGCAUAAAUAUAGGUAUAUUUAGGUCAAUCGCAUUUAAUAUUAUCACGGGUUUUCGGACGUAU